GUUCGAGAGAGCCAAAAAAAAAUCCUCGUUGAUCCUUCUUUUUUCUUUGUUUGGGGAGGGGAAUGAGCUAACACGGCACAUAAGAAUAUCCAAGAUUGCAUGAAGCGGCAGAAGCUGGUGUUGCGCCAAUCGCCAUAGAGAUCAAUAUCUUUGUCGAUAAGAUUCUUGAGAGGAUUUUCUUUACACGCUGACAGUGCUCGCAAUGUGAUUCUGUCCUCCUUCACGCCAGAAAUUUGCAUUCUAUUGGCAUGCAAGCAGAAGGUGUUUCCGACCAUGUUUAUUACCAAUGCUGGCAAGCCCCCGACAAUGGGUCUCGAAUCUCGGGCUUCUAGUCUACAGUCUGCUGUUCACUUCGCGAAGCGCUGGAGUCUGUCUGGCAUAGUUUUCGCAUCGGAGACUCUCAUCAGCUGCCCUAGACUGAUUAAAUACGUCAAGCAAGCUGGUUUGAUAUGUGCCUCCUAUGGACUUCAGAAUAACGCCCCUGAGAACGCGCAAGUAAGCACUUACAGGGCUACCAAAUGA